AUGGAGCGCGUUGCAGCCUCCUCCCAGGCUGUCUGCUGCACGCUGCAGCCGCUCAAUGCGCGCCUGUCGACGCUUCGCAUCGCCCUCACCCCCGGCCAGCGCUUUCGGUUCGGCCGCCACGCAGAGUGCGAGCAGUCUUUUCCGUCCGACUAUCGCAUCUCAUCUCUCCACGCGUCGCUCCUUCUCGACGUGUGGGACGACGGCACGCCCUGCAUAGCGAUCGAAGACUCGUCCAUCAACGGCACAUACAUCAACGCCGAGCGGGUGCCAAAGGGUGCACGCCUCCGCCUGCGCUCUGGGGACCAGCUCUUCCUCGUGAUUCCGUCGGAGGAGCUGCUGCACGCGACUGGCUACGAGGGCUCGCUCGUCGCAAAGUUCAUCGGCUAUGUCUUCUCCUACGACAGCGACGUGACCCCAGCCGCUGCGCCCGUCGGCCGCCUCUCCGGCCGCUUCGUCCCCGCGAGCGAGAAGUCGGCGCCGGAGGACGCGAUGGGGGAGACGGACCCAUGCAGCAGCCAAGCGGCCUCCUCCGGAACGCCCUCCUCGAUCGCACAGAUGACAGCCGCCGCCCGCGCCGCCGCCGCCACCGCCGCCGAGCCGCCGCCGCCGAUGGACCGCUUGCGGCGAGUGGCGGCCGAGCUGCACGAGGAGCGGGACGCGGCCGCCGGGAGCGGCGAACCACCCCCGCCGACCGGUGCUGCCGGCGAGCUGCCACCCGCCGUGUCGAUGGCCACAUGGCUCGCCAAUCUGCGCUCCGUUGAGAGCGCCCGCCCGCCUUGGUCGGUGGCCUCUGAGGACCUCCAAGCAGCCUGGGAACGGUGGCGGUCAGAGGCAAAGCCUGCGAGGGGUGGUGGAACCACAUGUCACGGCUACCGCGCCGGCUCGACCCCACGAUAG